AAGCCGGCCCUGAGAGGAGGCAGGCAGCCAGGCUUCGGCAGGGACCCGCUCUGAGGCAGUGUAGUCUGCCGUUAGAUAGCGUCGGAAACGAUAAGUAUGAGAGGAGAUAAGUUGACCAGCUGAUCCGAGCUGGCUGACAGUAGUUGUCUAUUUCUUUGUAAAGACCACAGAAACUGUUGGCAGCCGAGCGUUCUUGGGACAGUUCGCGGUCCCGGUGAAACUACUUGUUUUUCGGACUCUCGGCGGCAGCAGCAGCGGUUGCUGAAGCCGCGGCAGGAGCGGCUGGAGCAGGGCGGAGUGUGAGGGCUUUGGCGGCGGUUCUGCUGCUAGCGAAACAUGAACAAAAACCACCGAGUCCCGAGCAGCCGUUCUCUGAGUGCCGUGGAGGUGAAAAGCAAGUUUGGCGCAGAGUUUCGUCGGUUCUCUCUGGAUCGGUCGAAGCCAGGCCGCUUCGAUGAGUUCUACGGGCUCCUGCAGCACGUGCAUCGCAUCCCUAAUGUGGAGCUGCUGGUGGCCUAUGCUGAUGUGCACGGCGACCUGCUGCCCAUCAACAACGAUGACAACUAUCUCAAGGCCGUCAAAAGUGCCAACCCUCUGCUAAGGCUCUUCCUGCAGAGGAAAGAGGAAGCUGAUUAUACAGCAUUUGGUACGGACUCUCUGACCAGGAAGAAGAACACGGUGCUUUCAGCAGUUCUUCUGCGGCCCGACCCAAACAAAAAAAAGCCUCCUGUGAUCAUAAGCCUCCCAAAAGACUUCCGCCCCGUGUCUUCCAUCAUCGACGUGGACAUCCUUCCGGAGACGCACAGGCGUGUUCGCCUCUACAAGCACGGCCAGGAAAAGCCUUUAGGUUUUUACAUCCGGGACGGCUCCAGUGUGCGGGUCACUCCGCAGGGCCUCGAGAAGGUCCCGGGGAUAUUCAUCUCUCGCCUAGUGCCCGGCGGCCUGGCCGAAAGCACCGGCCUGCUGGCUGUUAAUGACGAGGUGCUGGAGGUAAACGGUAUCGAGGUGGCGGGCAAGUCCCUGGACCAGGUGACGGACAUGAUGAUCGCCAACAGCCACAACCUCAUCAUCACCGUGAAGCCUGCCAAUCAGCGGAACAAUGUAGUUCGCGGUGGAGGUGGAGGCGGCGGUGCUGCCUCAGGUAGCUCAGGGCGUUCGUCAGACAGUGGCGCCAGCUACCACGGCUACGCAUCCCACGCUGCCGCCGCCUCUGGGCCAACGCACAUCAUCCAGAACUUCCCCGUCGGGGAGCUGGAGAGCGACGAAGACGACGAGGACCUGGUGAUCGAGGUGGGAGGUGAGGCUGAGACCAUUAGACGCACCUCCUCUAACUUCAGCAUACCCUCUCUGCCUCGCUAUGAACCACACCUGAACCUCCGCACCACCACCAACUCCAGCUCUGCCUUCUCCUUAAAUGCCAACGGGACCCUGCACGGCAGCGGCAGCAGCGGAUCACUACAUAACCCCAAUGCCAGUUCGACCACACCGUCCCCUGACAGAGCGAAGGAGAGGCGGAGCCUGGAGGAGGAAGGCACUGUUAUUACGCUGUAGACCCCUGGGAGCCUGGGGGCAGGUGGGGUGGAAGGUCAAGCAGCAGCACAUCAGUCCCAUCAUUCAGGGACUGCACCUGAGGAGCAGUUUAUUGAUAUUGCUUCUCUGUACACGCCAACCAUCACGCUGCAGUGCCAUAGUGGUGAUGAACAAGAACAUAGAGACCCAGAGCUGCUCCCCAGUUCAUAUCCAAACCAGUGCAGUUACUGCUUUUUAGCUUUUUAACUGGUAAUCUCUACUUUUUUGGUAGGUCUUUAAUAGGUUCAGUGAACAAGUUAUGUCCCCCCCCCCAAAGAAAAAAUCACCUUCCGUCUCAUCUUUUCAGAUUUACUUCAUGGUAAACUCCACUUCCCAGCAUUCUAAUCAGCUUCAACGGUUUUAACCACUGCUUGUACUCAUCUUCCUGAAGAUGAAAAGGUCAUCAUUAUUAGAAAGAAUCAGUGAAAAGAUUUUACUCUGAAGCCUGUGUUUUAUAUUCAUGUUUAUCUUUUCAUCAUUGAGAGUCUCACAGUCGUUGAUUGGUUUACCUGACCACACCAGUUUAAGUGGUGAUUAACCCCAGAAGAUCCUUCUCAGCUGGGAAUAAGACAUCUCUGAAUGAAUUAUACAUCCUUCAAGUUUCACUGCUGCUUAUCAUGACGAAGGCUGUUUCUUCUGCUACAUGAUGGGCAGAUGAAAUGAUGUGAAAGUGAUUUUCUUUGUCUUAUAUCUCUCAUUAUUCUGCCAUUUUCUCAGACAUGCCCUGAUUUCAUACACAGGUGGAUAAAUGUAUUGACCCCCCUGGAAAGGAUGUUCAAAAACCCUCAAGAUAAAUGAAUCUUUAAUUGCAGUAACAUAAUCUUAUGCAGAAUGUUUUAGAAUAAAAUCAGCUAAAACCUGAGUACUUGUACAUGUACAGGUCCUUCUCAAAAAAUUAGCAUAUUGUGAUAAAGUUCAUUAUUUUCUAUAAUGUAAAGAUGAAAAUUUAACAUUCAUAUAUUUUAGAUUCAUUGCACACUAACUGAAAUA